AAACACCAGGAAACUUGCCCCAUCGGGGGGAAAUCCCACCAGCUCGGUUCAAAGGCGCUUGUGUCGGGCCCCGGGGCGCCGAGCACUCGGGGCGCCAUCUCGGCCCCUCGUUCCCCACCGCCGGCAGGGCCCCCACUAACAGGAGGGGAGUAUGGCCGGAAGCCAGUACCGACGGGAAACGACUCGCAGGAGAGGCGAGAAGUAAUGCGGGGCCCGGGCUAAGCUCGGCCGAGGCCGCUGGAAAGGCCUCGGGACAAACGAAAGACAGGUCCUACCUCCACUGGAGACCCAAAGACAGCAUGCCUCCCAAGAAGCCUGAGCCCAAGAAGGAGGCUGCCAAGCCAGCCGCAGCCCCUGCUCCAGCCCCUGCCCCGGCUCCUGAGCCCCUCAAGGACUCUGCCUUUGACCCCAAGAGUGUGAAGAUAGACUUCAGUGCCGACCAGAUCGAAGAGUUCAAAGAGGCCUUUUCAUUGUUUGACCGAACUCCAACUGGAGAGAUGAAGAUCACCUAUGGGCAGUGUGGGGACGUGCUGCGGGCCCUGGGCCAGAACCCCACCAAUGCCGAGGUGCUGCGUGUUUUGGGCAAACCCAAGCCUGAAGAGAUGAAUUCCAAGACACUGGACUUCGAGAUGUUCCUGCCCAUCCUGCAGCACAUCUCCCGCAACAAGGAGCAAGGCACCUAUGAGGACUUCGUGGAGGGGCUUCGGGUCUUCGACAAAGAGAGCAAUGGCACGGUCAUGGGGGCGGAGCUUCGGCACGUCCUUGCUACUCUGGGAGAGAAGAUGAGUGAGGCGGAGGUGGAGCAGCUGUUGUCUGGGCAGGAGGACGCCAAUGGUUGCAUCAAUUACGAAGCCUUUGUCAAGCACAUCAUGUCCGGGUAAAGCCAGAUUUCUCCAGGGUGCUUGGCCCUGAGUGAGCAAGGGAGAAGGGAGAGACCCAUGGUGGCUGUCACAGAGUCUUGGACUCACACCCCGUCACAGCUCUAUAACC